AUGAGGAGUAUCAAGAAAUUCUUUCAAACGUCCGAGAACGACCAGACGGUGUCACUUAAGCACUCUAAAUCAGUGCCAUACGGACUUUGCUCAGAUGGGAGGACGCGCGAGCCUCGUGCCGAUCCUUCCAAAGCCGUAUACCGCGGCAAGACACCCCUCAAACCGUCCGACAUCAUUUACGUCCAGCAAACUCCAGGGGUGCUGGACAUGUUCGACGCGCAAAUGUCGCAAGACGUCUCGUUCCAUCCGCCCGCUCGCGCCCACUUUGGCACUCGUGCGGACUUACAGGUCAAGUUUCCCGACUUCCCUCAGCCACCUGUGCCCAUUCGUAGCGCUUCAAGGACCACUUCAAUGAAUUCAAAGAUUCGGCCUCAACUUCCUAUCCAGGAUGGCCAUACUCCUGUAUUGGGAAGUAGCCGACAGGCGGAACGUGUUCGCGCCAAGUCGAGCAUUGCUCGCUCAUACACUCCUACUCCCGCCCCCCCUGUUCCUACCACCCACUCCCCGCGCCCAAUCAUCUUGCGCUCUACGCCCAGCUCACGCCCACGUCUACAUCAUGUUCCAUCCCAUGUCGCCAUUCAUGGACAGUCUCACAGGGACUAUCGUGAUUUUUUGAAGGAGCAGGACCCGGACGUCAUCCGUAAAAUGAUCAAUACUUAUCCUGUGGCGCCUCUUUGCAGGAAACAGACGCCAGCGCAUUUGCGCCCGAUUCGUUUUGACAUGGAUGAUCCGCAUGAGAUGAAGCCUAUUGGCUACUUCGUUCGUGCGGCUAUGACUAAUGGUUGUCCCCUCGAUGCACGCGCGGAUGGCUCGUACCGCCGCAUCAUUAAUGCGGUUGAUCCCAACGGACAUCAUUCCGAAGAUCGGCACUGA